GAAGAAAAGUAAGUGUUUGGAAAGUGUGAAAAUAGUGAAUUUUAAUCUCGCAGCGAUAAGGAAAAUCCCGCUUUCGUGCGUGCACUAUUGACACAGGUAACAACAACCACCAUGGGUUCAUCAAAAAAGCAUAAAAGAGAUUCUAAAAAGCAUAAACGUCGUUCGCGUAGUCGUUCGCGUAGCCGCUCACCACGGUACGAGCGGGAACGGGAACGUGAACAGGACUAUCGAUCCCGGUCGUACUCGGAGGACAACGAUAGCUACAACGAUGCGGUGGAGCGUCGCAGGCACAAGAAACACAAGCGGGACCAAAAUGAGCAUCGGCAUUUGCACAGCCGCCAGCACGAACCACAGCAGCACAGUCGCGACAGUCGCAAUCAACGUGACUACGGGGAGGUGAACACGAUUGACGAUGAUUCCGAUAGCUCGGACUGUGUGGAAGUUCCGCUGGAUGAGCCGGAUGUGCCGCCGCCUCCGCCAUCCAUCAGCCGCAAGUCACCGGAUUCGGAUGCGGUCCCGUCGCCACCGCCACCACCACAGGUGCAGAAGCGGCGCCGAUCACCGACACCACCGCCUGCCCCGAAAGCGUCGGCCAGCCGGAAGCGCUCUGUUUCACCGAUUCCUUCGAACGGGGCAGGUGAUGUGCUCUCCGUCGGGGACACGAAUAAGCUCCGGGCCAAACUUGGGCUUCGUCCGCUAGAAGUUACGCCGUCAAAAUCCCAAGCGGAACAAUCGUCCUCGAGAAGAAGGCACCGUUCCCCAUCGCCUCCUCCACCCCCGAAAGCUUCGUCCUCUUCACGCAAGAGGUCAGUUUCACCUAUACCGGAUAAUGGCGCCGGAGAUGUCCUAUCGGUCGACGAAAGCAAUAAGUUGCGCGCUAAACUCGGUCUUCGUCCGUUGGAAACUUCUUCAAAGAAGCGUGUACGAUCACCUUCUCCGCCACUGCCACCGAAGACCAGUUCCUCAGCGACUGGUUCCAGGAAGCGGUCUGCUUCGCCGAUACCCGAAAACGGUGCAGGUGAUUCACUGUCGAUCGAAGAAACAAAUAAGCUAAGGGCUAAACUCGGCCUUCGUCCUUUGGACGUGAGCGCUUCGAAAUCGGAUAGUACACCUUCGAAGGGGACUGAGGCGGAAAACACAGACAAACUGAAAGAUGACUGGGGCGAGUUUUAUCAUAAGCCGGCGAAGAAUUUGUCAGAGAAAACACAAGAGGAAAAGAUACGUGAAAAGCUGAAGGAACGUCGUGAGAAGCGCGCGAUCGAGGAAAAACUCAAACGCUUGAAGACGCUUGGCGAAGAGGACGAGGUGGACGAUCUGAAGGGCUGGGUUGCAAAGACACGCGAUAAGGACCGGCUCAGGAAGGAGGCCGCCGAACGAGCCCGGCUGUUGGAUCAGAUGGACGAGGAAUUGGAACAGGAUUCGGAAUUCUCUGGCGGGCGUUCGGCAUCCUCUCGAAGGUCGGCCGAUACUAAGGCAUCGGGAUAUCGCGAUCGCGAUUUGAAAGGACUUCGAGUCGAGCAUGACGUAGAAGCGUUCACGGAAGGGCGGCAGGUCAUACUCACGCUCAAGGACGCAAAUGUACUGGACGAAGAGGCGGGUGAUACGCUCGUGAACGUGAACAUGAUCGACGACGAGCGUUACAAACGCAAUGUAGAAGCCCGUAAAGCCAACCCGCAACAUUACGGCUACGACGUGUACUGCCAGGACGACGUGGACGAAUUCGGUAUGCCCAAGGAGCGGGAGGUGCUCGGCAAGUACAACGAAGAGAUCGAGGGCCAGCGUAAGAGCAGUUUCGUGAUCGGAUCAAAUGCCGAGCAUGAGGCGCAGGAAAAGCGCCGCUUGCUUGAGAUCAAAACGAAGCUUGAGAAGAAAAAGCUGGACUCGUUGGAAACGGCCCAACUUACACUGGUUUCGGAUUAUUUCACCGAAACCGAACUGGCGUCCUUCAAGAAGCCCAAGAAAAAAGUACGUAAAAUAAGACAAAAACUGCGGGCCGACGAUUUGCUCGCCUCCCUUCCGGCAGAGGAGACUACUUCCGAUUUGGGCUCCCGUUCGAAACGAAGCGAACGAUCGGGAGGACCGUCGGCGACGGUGACCAGCGAGGAUCGUAAAAGCAUACGAUCUCGGGCAGCGGACAUUCUGCUUACCGAUGACACACCGGCUAUUUCGGAGGAUCUUAGCACGGUGAAGCUUGAGGACGCGAUCGAGGACGACGAGGAUCUACAGGCGGCUCUGCAGAAGGCUCGGCGUCUAAAACAGAAGGAAGCUAUAAUCUCGAAGGCGCUUCCUAUCGAUCCGGAACGCGUCAAAAGCGAGGUAAAGGAAGAACCCGACAGUGGAGGAGAGCUCGAUCACCAUGGCACCAUGCUACUGAAUUCGACGGCAGAAUUUUGUCGCACGCUGGGAGACAUUCCAACGUACGGAACGGCCGGCAAUCGGGAGGAAGAUCCGAAUGAUAUGAUGGACUUUGAGCGCGACAGUGCAAGUGAUCGCGAGGGCAUGGAUUCGGACCCUGAAGAGGGUCCUUCUCGGCGGCAUCAUCACCAUCACCAUCAUAACAACCAUUCGGAGCACAGCGGCACGUGGAACUCGGUCAACACGGAACAAGAACAGGAGGAGACACGCGAAACGAAGGUCGAGGAAGUUGCGAUUCUCGACGAGGAACCGGAUGUGGCACUCAGCGUGGCUGGAGCGCUAAAGCUGGCCCAGUCGAAGGGUUACCUAGAGCGCGAGGAAAGCAACCGACCGAGCAAUGCUCGAUUCGCCCAUUUGCAGGCGCAGAACUACUCGAUCGAAGAUAAGAACUACGGCGAGGAGAACGAUAAGUACUCGAGGCGCGAUCGCUACGCCGGUCCCAUCAUGGACUUCAAGGAGAAGGAAACGUUCAAGCCGAACGUAAAACUCGAGUACAUCGACGACAAUGGACAUCUGUUGACGCCGAAAGAAGCGUUCCGCUAUCUUUCGCACAAAUUCCACGGCAAAGGUCCGGGCAAGAACAAGGUCGAGAAGCGUCUAAAGAAGAGCGAGCAGGAGGGGCUGAUGAAAAAGAUGAGCUCCACCGAUACGCCGCUCGGAACGCUGAACAUGCUGCAGGCGAAGCAGAAGGAGACCCAAUCACCGUUUAUCGUGCUGAGCGGAACCAAACAAAACACCAGCAUCGUCAAGCAGAAACGCUAGGACACCUGGCAGACCCAGUCUCGUUGGGCACGCGAAUUUUAUGUCCAUGCUGAGAAAUGUACUCGGCGAGUUUUAUUGUAAUUUCUCGGCAAAAGAGAUAUUCCACACCAGAAAAACCCUAAACCAAUAAAUUUCCCAAAUUAGUUU